AAAUUAUUGAAAAAUUAACCUCUUCAAGGGCAUUGUCCCCAUGACUUGAUCUAAAAAAAUUAUUAAUGCACUUCGUCCGACUGACAGGAGUUUGAAUCCAUUUUUCCUUUUUGUACCUGAAAAUUUGUAUAUAAGUUGAUAGUGAUUUAUUUGAUGCAAUAGAGGCACAGCAGUUGUUUUUUAGACAAAGAAAGAGAAGAAAAUUAUUGAUGAAAAUGGUGGAGGAAGAGGUGGUGAUAGUUGGUGCAGGGAUAGCAGGGUUGGCCACGGCGGUGGCUCUGCAAAGACUUGGAAUUCGAGCCUUGGUUUUAGAAAAAGCUCAAGGCCUCCGAUCCACUGGUGCUGCUUUAACCCUCGGCCCCAACGCAUGGUUUGCUCUUGAUGCUCUUGGUGUUGCCCACAAACUCUCUUCCAUCUAUGCUCCUAUAAAGAGGGGAUCUUUCACCGAUGUUAGAACUGGAGCUACUAGGGAAGUCUCACUUGCCGCACCUGAAGCCACCGGGUUUCGAGCUGGACCCAGACCAGUUCAUCGAAAAACCUUAUUAGAGGCCUUGGCAGACGAAUUGCCGAUUGGGGUAAUUCGGUUUUCUUCCCAGAUUGACGCCAUUGAAACACAAUCACUGAACGGUUCUCCCAUUCCUGUUUUACAUUUAAGUGAUGGUACUGUAAUCAAAUCCAAGAUUCUGAUAGGAUGCGAUGGUGUAAACUCGAUUGUGGCACGCUGGUUAGGACUUGGAGCAGCGGUGGAAUCAGGAAGAUCAGCCGUGCGUGGACUGGCUGUGUUUCCUGAUGGCCAUGGCUUGAAGCAUGAAGUCAGUCAAUUUCUAGAUGUAGGCAUAAGGGCUGGUUUUGUUCCUCUGAAUGACAAAGAAGUUUAUUGGUUCUUGUCUUAUAGAUCUUCAACAGGGGAAAUAAUGGCAAGAGAUCCAGAAUCACUAAAACAAGCAAUACUUGAGAAUUUUGCCAAGGAUUUCCCUGAAAGAUACAAAGAUAUGGUCCGGCAUAGCGAGCUUUCAACAUUGACAUGGGCUCCGUUGAAGUUCAGGUAUCCAUGGGGCAUUGCUUUUGGCGAUUUAAGGAAGGGAAACAUCACGGUGGCCGGUGAUGCGAUGCACCCCAUGACACCUGACCUUGCACAAGGUGGCUGUGCAGCUUUAGAAGAUGCAGUAGUACUCGGCCGACACAUUGGCAAUUCCCUGUUAAAAAAUGGAGGACUUAUUCCAGGGGCAAUUGCUCAGGCUUUAGAUGGCUACGUUCAGGAAAGAAAAUGGCGUGUGAGUUGGAUAGUUACAGGGGCAUUCCUUGCAGGGUGGAUUCAACAAGCAGGGUCAAAUUGGUGGAUGAAAAUCCUGAGAGCUCUCUUUUACAUGUUUCUCUUUAGCCAGAUCAUUACUGUUGCUGAUUAUGAUUGUGGGAAACUGCCUAGAGUCUCUUCUGAAUCCAGUAAUUCAAAGAAAAUAGAAUAAGCUUUCGUAAUGUAAUGAAGUGAGAUGAUUCUUGAACAAAAAUAAAAUAAUAUGUAUGGAUUUUUAAAAAAAAAUUAAAUAUCAAGUUUCUAGUGAUUUCUCAA